GGACCCCACGUGCUCCUAUUCCUAAGCGCUUACCAAUCAGAGGAGCGGUAGAAAGGAGCUGCCUGAGGAGGUUGCUAUAUCGGGCAUUAGAGUGCCUGCUGUGAGAUUUUGUUGACUGGAACCAUGCCAGUGACAUGGACAUGCCCCCAUUCAAACGCUGUCCUGUGUUUAGCUGUAAGCACUGAAGGAGUAGUUGCUUCAGGGGCAGAGCUUGGGGAACUCACCAUUUGGAAUGAAGAAGGACACCCUAUAGGCAAUAUACAACUGAAUGGUGGGGAGGAUGUAACCAGCAUUGCCUUCUCCCCAGUUUGCGCCACCAGAUUGUAUGUGUCACAUGGGGAAAAUAUAAGUGUGCUGGACAGUAGGGCUUUUAAAGAGCCAGUAGAGACUUUCAUUAUCAACAAAGAGGAAGUGAACUGCAUUUCUGUUAAUGAAACAGACAGUCUUCUGGCUGCAGCUGAUGAUUCUGGUUCAGUCAAAGUCUUGGAUCUUGAAAAGAAAAAAGUCACCAGAUCCUUACAUAGACACACCAAUAUCUGCUCAGCAGUCUCUUUUCGCCCCCACUGGCCUCAUAGUCUUGUUUCUUGUGGUCUUGACAUGCAGGUCUUACUUUGGAAUGUGCAAAAAGCACGACCUCUGUGGAUAACAAAUCUGCAGCACUUGUCACAAGAUGAAGAAGAUACAGAUUACCAGCAGUCCCCAGGUCAGCUCUUCAACCCCCCUCUGGCUCAUUCACUAUCUGUAGCUGCCUCUGGAAACACUUUUUGUUGUGGUGCUGAAGAUGGCAAAAUACGAGUUUUCCAGGUUACAGGGACACGAUUUGAGGAGGAGCUGUUUUUUAAAGGCCACACUCAAGGGGUUUCACAAGUCCAUUUCUUAAAAGAGGAAACGCAACAUUUUUUGAUCUCUGGAGGAAAUGAUGGCAAAGUGUGUCUUUGGGAUACUGGCAAAAAAACUACUCAGCAAAAGAAACAGAAGCAACCAAAAAAUCACCAUCUGAGGAAAUCUAACUCAGUGCAUGCAAAGGCCGGCAGCUCCGGUCACAAAAUAUCAGAUGUUGCUGAGAGCAUCAGUGCAAAGUUGUCCAUUGAACAUGGGGAGAAAAUAAACUGGGUUUCUGAAGCUUCACUCCAGGGAUCUAGAUCAGUUCUAGUAGCAGACCCAACCAAUUGCAUAACAGUUUAUCAACUGGGAGAAAUGUAGUCGUUGUGUAUAUUGAUUAGAAUAAUGACUUGAAUUGUACUGGGAGCAUAUGCCCCAUACAGAUGGACACAUCUGUAGCUGCUUGCUGUGCCUUAUAAACUGAGUUGCAGGGAGAAGAAAACUUUGUGAGGGAGCCACUCAUGUAAAUUCGAUUGUAACCGAAGCUUCAAAAUACUGCAGUGUUUGCCUUUUUAGCAAUAUGAGUAAAAUCACUGGGAUUACAAUGUUUAAAACAAACUUCUGCUUGCUUUUAUUUUUGGGAAAGGCUAAUGGUAUUGUCUGCAUUGGGUAUAGAUUUAUUUUUUUUAGUUAUUCCUUUCCACUGCCAAUUAAGCAAAUAAUUUAUUCAGUUAAAGAGCCCCUUGUAAGGAUAUGGAGAGGUCACAUCAAGUGCUACAGAAAUGGAAAUAAGGAGUUUGAAGCAGGAAUUUGUGGCAAAUAGUUUGUGUAUGAUUAUAUCUGUCUAGCAACUUUAUUUAAAAAAGGUAUGGGUUGAAUGUAAGCAAGGAAGCGGAUUCCAUCUAUUUACAUUUGUCUAAGGUUUUUAUACAGAUCCUCAGAGGUGAAAAUUACUUAAGCCGCCUACACAAGGCAUCUUUCUGUGACAGUCAGCUAGUGUGCCCAUGGGUCAGUCACAUGAAUAUACAGUUACAAAAUGCUCUUUCACGUGCCAAAUCAGGUCAUCGCCCAUACCUUUUUUCUUGUAUGAGGGGGUGGUUAAGAAUUUGAGCAGCAAGGAAUUUUUGAUGGCAGACUGUCAGUGGCCACAAAGGCUAAUAAAAUCUUGCCUUGCAAAAAAAUCUUUUAAAUGUGCCACAGAAUCUAUGUACACUUCUUGCCCUUAUUAUAAAAAAAGUACAGUAAGGAUUAUUAAGGAAGGAUUAUUAAACUCAUUAUGGUGAUCAAAGUAUCAAGUUAUGCAUAAAGACUUUUUAUACAUAACAAUAUCAAUUAUAAGAACAAUGCUAGUGACAUGGGGUGCAAAGUGUUGGCAAAAAAGGUCUUCUUAAAAUUAAGGUCAUUAAAAUAAUGGCUGAUUUUGUAGAUUUUAAGAAAUGUUUUUGCUAGCCUCCUUUGUCACAUGAAUCUGAAAGUGAAAGAAUUUUCUAUAUCGGAAUAGCUUGUGUCUGAUUGCCUGCUGCCCUAAAGGGUUUAAAAUAUUUAUCUCAAUAGCCAAUUUGGGAAUAAACUUCAGAACAUAUUUAGUUCAUUACAUAUUUGGUGCUGUUGAUCUGGAGAAACCCUCUU